CUCACGGACAGUCACUGAAGGGCUCAUCCUUUCUCGCCCACAAACACAAAGUCGCCUGCUCGCCUUCUGCUCUGUUGUUCGCCUCCUCUCGCCGCCCUCUCAAUGGCCAAGGAUCCUGUUCGAGUUCUCGUCACCGGCGCUGCAGGCCAAAUUGGAUAUGCACUCGUGCCUAUGAUUGCUAGGGGAGUGAUGCUUGGCUCAGACCAGCCUGUUAUCUUGCACAUGCUUGACAUUCCUCCUGCUGCAGAAGCUCUUAAUGGAGUAAAGAUGGAGCUAGUUGAUGCUGCAUUUCCUCUUCUCAAGGGUGUCGUUGCCACAACUGAUGUUGUGGAGGCUUGCACUGGAGUCAACAUAGCUGUUAUGGUUGGUGGUUUCCCGCGGAAAGAAGGAAUGGAGAGAAAGGAUGUGAUGUCAAAAAAUGUUUCCAUCUAUAAGUCUCAAGCUUCAGCAUUAGAAUCACAUGCUGCUCCCAAUUGCAAGGUGCUUGUUGUUGCCAAUCCUGCAAACACUAAUGCUCUUAUACUGAAAGAGUUUGCUCCAUCUAUUCCAGCAAAGAAUAUCACUUGUCUGACAAGACUAGAUCAUAACAGGGCACUAGGACAGAUUUCUGAACGAUUAAAUGUUCAAGUUAGUGAUAUUAAGAAUGUUAUCAUUUGGGGAAAUCAUUCUUCUACUCAGUAUCCUGAUGUAAGUCAUGCAACUGUUAAGACAUCAAGUGGAGAAAAAUCUGCCCGUGAGCUUGUUUCUGAUGAUGAAUGGCUCAAGGGAGAAUUCAUCACAACAGUGCAACAACGUGGUGCUGCAAUCAUCAAAGCAAGAAAGCUUUCUAGUGCUCUAUCUGCUGCCAGCUCUGCCUGUGAUCACAUUCGUGAUUGGGUUCUUGGGACACCUGAGGGAACAUGGGUUUCUAUGGGUGUCUAUUCCGAUGGUUCAUACAAUGUACCAGCCGGUUUGAUAUAUUCUUUCCCUGUCGCAUGCAAAGAUGGCGAAUGGACCAUUGUCCAAGGACUUUCCAUAGAUGAAUUUUCAAGGAAGAAGCUGGAUGCAACUGCAGAGGAGUUGACCGAAGAGAAGGCUCUCGCAUAUUCGUGUCUUUCCUAAGUUAACUGCCAGAUUGGGUUUGUUUAAAUAAAUUCACUCAGUUGGGUAGCCCCCAAUGAAUUUUGUCUUAUUUCAUCGUAACAUCGCCGCUGUGUUGGGCAACGCUUGUCAUCUAAAUCUGCUUCUCGUAUCGUAUUCAGUGAGAAUAAGACUUUGAACUCAUUUCCUGAGCUAUGGAUUACAUUACUUACUCUA